UUGCGUCAUCAAACUGGAUGACGCUCGAACCUCGACUCGGACAAGAUGGGCAGUUCUAACAUUAGUCGAUAUAUUCUUAGAGCGACCCUUUGCACGUACUGUGUUCUCCUCCUAGCCGUAUUUUCAUCACGAGUCAACGCAGGAUCUGCACAGAAUGACGAAGAAGAUUACUACAAGCUACUGGGCGUGCCGAGGACGGCCUCGGCCAAAGAGAUAAAGAAAGCCUUUCGUAAGCUGGCAAUGGACUUUCACCCGGACAAGAACUCCGACCCUGAAGCCAGGAAAACGUUUGAAAAUAUCGCCAACGCUUACGACGUUCUGUCAAAUGCUGACAAACGCAAACAGUACGACAGGUUUGGAGCGCAGGGAGCCAGCCAAGAGGGAAGUCCGUUUGAUUUCGACGCCUUCUUCCGCCCCGAGGGAGACAGCGGAUUCCAUCACCACACCCACUUUAACUUCCACACAAUGUUUGAAGAUGUUUUCCACGAGGACGAUUUCUUCCAUAACAGUUUCGGGGGUGAAUUCUUCCAGGGCCACCACCCCCAUCAGCACACAGAACACGGUGAUGGAUUCUUUGGACACGACAUGGACCACCGAAGAGACGACGAUGACGACCUUUUCGGCGGUGCUUUUGGUGGCGACUUUUUCAAUGGUGGAUUUGACAUGCACAUGGAGUUUGGUCACACGAGUCAAAACUGCAAGACUGUAACAAAGAGAGUUGGGAACACCGUCACCACAACUACCACAUGCAGUUGAUCUAUUCCACAGAACUCCCCUCAUCUUGUGUUUUAAUUAAUACAACCUGUGAUCUACCACAAUUUGUUUUUUAAUUUCUGGUUCAUCAUCCUUUCAUCUGUUGUCAGUGUUUCAUGAUGUAUGAGUGCAGUAAUUUCAGUGUAUAUAUGAUAUAAAGUAACCUUUGUUUAGGAGAAUAAUAGUUGUGA